AUGGCUGUUAGCAAAACUUUGAUUAAUGCUUUAGAAAUGCCCAAGUCAAACCGGAAGGAAUAUUUUCCAAAUUUAUUUAAUAAAAUUAGCUAUCAUUUUGUUCAUCAACAUUCAUUUGCUAAUUUCAAAAAUUAUCCGUUUGAUGAUAGAAUUGUUUAUAUUGGAGGUAUUCGUGUUGAGGAAAGUGAAGAAUAUUUGAAUAUUAAAAAUAAGAAUGAGCAUCCUUCACUGGUCCUCGUCUCUUUUGGAAUGGUUAACGAUCAUGGUCAAAUGACUAGUAAUAAUGUUGAUUUUAUGAUUAAAUUAUUCAAAGAAUACAGUAAUUAUCAAUUUAAAAUAAAAUUGCCUAAUGAUUAUAAUCUACAAAAUUCUCAAAAUAUAGAGAUUGCUGCUGGUUUUAUUGAACAACAAAAAAUAUUAUGUAAAUUACUAUAUUUGGAUCUAUUCUGCAGAGGUGUUAGAAUUCCGAGUUCCGAUUUCCGUUAUUUUUAAAACAGAUUUCCUUUUUGAAGCAUUGUUCAACUGGAAUUUUUGCCCAAGAUUCUCAAACAUUUUGCCGACGGCUCUGAAAAGGGAAAGGGAACUAUAUCUCUCAAAUCCUGACAAAUCCAAGAUAUAAAGUUUCUACAAAACCCUUUGCUUACAAAACCCAUUCCUAAAAACCCUUUUUUCCCACACUUUGUAAAAUUCCACUCUAUAUAUCAUUCAAGUUUCAAAAAUCCGGGUAUAUAGGAAUCUAGGGGGUUAUCACCUGACCCUUCUUAAUCUAACCCUUCUUAAUCCAUCAUUAUCUCUUCAAUCCAUCUUAAUCCUCUUUAUCCUACUUGAAUCUCUCGCUAUCACUUUUAAUCUAACAUUAUUGUCCUCUAAAUCCCACGAUAUUCUC